UUUUCCUUUUCUUUCUUUACUUAAAUCAUAUAGUUCAUCACACACACACACACAUAAUGACACCAUCAAACCCAUUUGUUCAUAACUUAGUAAUAGACAGUAUGCUAUUUAAUCUAUUUGAUACUGAAGACGCACCUGUUGCUUCACAUGCUGCAGCCACCAACACAAAUAAUACAAACACUAAAGCUAAAAACCAAACCUCGAAAAGAAGCCAAGUGAAGAAUGCAUGUGUAAAUUGUCAAAAGGCGUGCAAGAAAUGUGAUGAUGGAAGACCUUGUCAGCGCUGCAUCAAGCUUGGGUUGACAGAUACAUGCGUGAAUUCACCUAGAAAAGAACGAAAAAAGGGAUUGAAGCGUGGCCCUUACAGAAAGAGAGUCAGAAAAGAUUACGAAACAUCACCUGCAAUCAAUAAAGAACAGGUUACCAACCAACAACCCCCUUACGACUACAUGGCUAUGUUCCUAAACUUUCCUAUUACUGAAACCCCUUCAGAGAUGGCUUAUGUAAACUGUUUCAGCAACAAUAACGAAAAGAAUGAUGUCAAUGUCAUGGUGUCUAAUACAGCAGUAGCAAAAGAACAACGAAAUAAAAAUACUAUACUGAAUAGUACGUCAUCGCCAAGCUCAUCCCCAAAAUCACUUGAUAGUUUCCAAGACGACGACGACAACAACAACAACAGCAAGGUUACAAUACCACAUGUUCAUCCAAGCAACCAUUUAUCUUUGUGUGACAAUGCGCUGUUCUCCUUACCAAAAACAGAAGGCAUGUCUAUUUCUAGUAGCCAUCUUGGAACUGACACAUUUUCAUGUUUAAGCCCUAACGAACUCAUUGAUCAAUGGCUAAAGUCUACAGAUGGUCAAGAACUUUUUGCUUAGGUUGCGCGUAUUCAUGACACAUCAUAAUGUACACCUUCCCUUUUUAGGCAUUUACUAUCCGGCAAUAAACUCUCCACUCCACUGCUCUCUUUCUUAUGUCCAUAAAGCAUAUGGACCACUCUAAAGAUUUCAAUUAUCAUUAUUCGAA